AUACGGAAAAGCCGAGAAAAGUGACGCCGCCGGUGCAGGUGUUGGGAAACGUAUAAAGCUACGGAUAUUCUCUACCAGGGAUGGCUGAUAUGGUCACCGUUAAUUGCACAGAAAAAGAAAGUUCUUUUAAAAGACAUCAAACAUUUUCUGUCCGAAAAGUCAACUUGUAAAACCUAACAGCAAUUGAGCAUACUUGCCAACACUUUUGCUCCACCAGCCCACUUUGCGCAAGCUGGGCACACUGCAUGCUGGGCUAAUCAGAAAUAGAGAAAAGCAUUUUAAUUCGGACGAAGUCGACAUACGGAUCACGCAGCACGGGUCACGGCAAACGGCAAACGCGGAGAGCGGAACACGGACGAGAACUGCUCAAGCGGAAUCAAUAGGAAUCAAUACAUUGUGAAUAGAUCUGGCGAACAUCGAAUAAUGGCCGAAGUGCGACGCAGGAAGGGCGAGGAUGAGCCACUGGAGGACACGGCCAUCUCCGGAUCUGACGCAGCCAAUAAGCGCAACUCCGCCGCCGACUCCUCGGACCAUGUGGACUCCGAGGAAGAGAAGAUUCCCGAGGAGAAGUUCGUCGACGAACUGGCCAAGAAUCUGCCGCAGGGAACCGACAAAACGCCCGAGAUAUUGGACUCGGCCCUCAAGGAUCUGCCGGAUAGAUGGAAGAACUGGGUGAUUCGCGGCAUCUUCACAUGGAUUAUGAUCUGCGGCUUCGCAUUGAUCAUCUAUGGUGGACCGCUGGCCUUGAUGAUCACGACGUUACUGGUGCAGGUGAAGUGCUUCCAGGAGAUCAUCUCGAUUGGCUACCAGGUUUAUCGAAUUCAUGGCUUGCCCUGGUUCCGAAGCCUUUCCUGGUAUUUCCUGCUUACCUCAAAUUACUUCUUUUACGGAGAGAAUCUGGUAGACUACUUUGGCGUUGUAAUUAAUCGGGUGGAAUAUCUGAAGUUCCUGGUGACCUAUCACCGGUUCCUUUCCUUCGCCCUGUACAUCAUCGGGUUCGUUUGGUUCGUGCUCUCACUGGUGAAGAAGUAUUACAUCAAACAAUUCAGCCUGUUUGCCUGGACCCAUGUAUCCCUGCUGAUUGUCGUCACCCAGAGUUACCUCAUCAUACAGAAUAUAUUUGAGGGGCUCAUUUGGUUCAUCGUACCUGUUUCGAUGAUAGUGUGCAAUGAUGUCAUGGCGUACGUGUUCGGUUUCUUCUUUGGGCGCACUCCCCUCAUCAAGCUCAGCCCCAAGAAGACCUGGGAGGGCUUCAUCGGGGGUGGCUUCGCCACCGUCCUCUUUGGCAUUCUGUUCUCGUAUGUGCUGUGCAACUACCAGUACUUUAUCUGUCCCAUCCAGUACUCGGAGGAACAGGGACGCAUGACAAUGUCCUGUGUGCCAAGCUAUUUGUUCACGCCCCAGGAAUACAGCCUUAAAUUGUUUGGCAUUGGCAAGACUCUAAAUCUUUACCCCUUUAUCUGGCACUCGAUCUCCCUGAGCCUGUUUAGUUCCAUUAUUGGACCCUUUGGUGGCUUCUUUGCCUCUGGAUUUAAGAGAGCUUUCAAAAUUAAGGACUUUGGCGACAUGAUACCCGGACAUGGCGGCAUUAUGGAUCGUUUCGAUUGUCAGUUUCUUAUGGCGACCUUCGUUAACGUUUAUAUAUCCAGCUUCAUCAGAACUCCGUCGCCGGCUAAGCUGCUGACACAGAUUUACAACCUUAAGCCAGAUCAACAAUACCAAAUUUAUCAGUCCCUCAAGGACAACUUGGGCGACAUGUUAACCUAAACUUGAUCGGUUACCAGUAAGAUUCGGACAAGACGUUUGCUGAGUCGUACGUUCUAUAUGUAAUGCAGAAAUUUCUAUAUAUAUACAUUGAUAUAUAUCUGUAAGCAAACGGGCCGGCAGUUUGAGCAGCCACAUAAAAUAAGUUAAUUACGGGCAUAAUUUUUGUUAUGUUAUUAGUCCUUAGUUAGAUUUUGUUGCUACAUUUUAGUUAAAUUCUUAAGUUAGUUUUUAUUUUAUCUUGCAUUAAGUUAUUGCGAUUGUUUUAUUUGGCAGAACUCUACACAGUGCAAUCGUAUUGUUAAGCGAUUCCAUUAAUUUUAAUGCCCUCGUGACAAGGCGUCAAGGCAAGGCAAACAGAAUAACUAUGAAUUUAAUAUCGACUAUGUGUGUGUGCGUGUUGUUAGUGAAUUUAAUUACGAUAACUAUAGCUUAGAGAUGAUCAGGCAGACAACGCCAGAAUCUGGAGAUUAGCAUAAUUAAAGCGCAUUUUAGUUAAAUACCUGAGGGACGAAAUUAUGAGAUCAAGAUACCAGGAAAACUCUUGCAAUGCUGUAAUUCUAUAUAUAAUAGUGCAAUAUGCAGACGUUAAAUAAUUGAUUUAACCAUUUCAAUAUUUAUUUAUUUACUUUUAUUCGGUCAUACACUACGCCAUGCAUAGUGCAACAUCCUCAACCCGUGAAUCUUUCUCAAAAAGUACAUAGAUGAUAUAUAAUCGGUUACUUAUAAAUCCUGUUAUACUGUACGGCAUUUAAGAACGAAAAUGCAAUUCGUCGGCGUUUUAAAGAACUAAAUGUACAAAGAUUUCAAUAUUAAAUCUUACAGUCUCUAUGUUAAAUAUAUAU